GACCAACGGUAGGGAUGGGAUUCAAUUCAAUUUCCCAAGAAACUCUUUAGCGUUUGAGAUACAGCCGACGAAAGGAUGCGCGCGAGGUUGAACGUACCGAACCGACUGGACGGGAGAGAGGACCGACCGUGGAAGAAGCUCGGAAACGAGCCGAAAAGAGAGGAACCGGCGCGUAACGGGAGAACAAAGAUAAAAAGAGGGAGAGAGAGAAGGGCGACGAGGACAGGAGGAAGGACUCGCGUUGAUAUCGACGAAGAAGACAACGGAGGAACACAAGAGCAACGGCUACGCGGAAAGAAGAGGAGCGAAUGGGCGUCAAGGGCGAGAAAGAGGGUUGCACGGGGAAAAAGGGAGAGGGUGACUAACUGACCGAGGGUGCCAGGAACGUAGGGGAGUAAGGAUUCUGUGCGCGAGCGCGAGGCUGGCGCAAACUCUUCGUGCAGCAUCUCUCGUCAGUUGCAAGUCAGGAAUUGUCGCGUCUGCGUGCCGUGUGAGGCGCGCUCGGCCGGCCUGCCUUGCCGCGUUGUUUUCUGCCCGAUUUUCCGCCGAUUUCUGACAGUAACCGGCCCGACCGUACGCGCAAACGGGAACGACCGAUACCGCGGACCACGGUCCCGAUGUCAUUCGAUCGCGCCGUCCGCGUCGUUUGACGUUAACCGCGUAGUUAUUUCGCCGAGGGACACCUCACGCAGAGCCUCGAGGAUCGUCAUCGAGAACUAUCGGGAUUUUCCUUCGCAGCAUGGAUAAAGACGUUCGACGGAAGUGCGGGAAAGUGCGACGUGCUCUGUUCCAUCUGCUGCUGAUAGUGGGGGGUGCAACCGGCUUGAAAGAUUUGACAAUCAACGUGCCAGCAGUGGUACGAUCGGGUGACACAGUGACACUAUCCUGCCAUUACGACCUAGAAGGUGUUCCAUUGUACACGAUACAAUGGUUUCUCGAAGAGAAAGAGUUCUAUCGAUACGUGCCCGAGCGAGAGCCACCGUACUCCAUCUAUCCCGUGGAUGGAAUAUACGUAAACGUUUCCAAAUCGAACACAAACGAUGUGACCCUGGUUGACGUGUCUAGAAAGCUGACAGGCACAUAUAAAUGUGAAGUGUCUGCCGGAGAUCCCUCGUUUCACACGAUGAUCGAGAGAGCGAGAAUGGAAGUAGUAGACGCCCCAAAAACGGACCCGACGAUCGACAUCGAAAAGGAUCGCAUAGCAGUGGGCGAGAUGCUUCGUGCAAACUGUACAACCGGCAACUCCAGACCCGCCUCCGCCAUUACGUGGAAGCUGAACGGAGAUCUGAUCGCGAACGACAGUAUGGUAUACAGACCCAGAUACUACGCGAUUCCCCAAGACGACGACUCCAAAGUAUCGAAAUCGAGUAUAGAUUUCAAGGUAACGAACGACAUGUUCAGAAACGGCCGAUUACACCUGCGUUGUACCGCCUCCAUCGCGGACGUCUACCGGAAGUCGGCUGACAUCGAAAUCAGCGAAGACGCACCCCGUAUCGCCUCCAUUACCGGUGAAUCUCCUCCACGAGGACAUCGCAGCAACAGCUCAUCGGGCCUACACAGCACCUGGACUACACAGACGAUGAUGUUCGUAACGACGAUCUUACUGGUGGUUUUCUCGUCGAUGACGAGCACGGCGACGAUCAUCGAACCGACCUCUGCCAGCAGGUAGCUCGCACGCGUCCACGAGGACAUCACUGCCACCGACUAACCCGAUUACAUCGUCCAUGUAAAACCUAGUAGUCUAGGGCUUCCAGUUAUGUAUGUUACUAUGUAUGGAGUAGAUAGUCGAAUAACAAUGAUUUUUAUUCGAGUGGGCCUGUGCGAGAGACGGGAGGGUCGGCGAGUGCGAUGCGAGAACGUGCUGUUCCCCGGUUCACUUUCCAACUACGUUCCCAUUUUGUCCACGUCGAUCGAGCCGGCAUUCGAUUAUCUAACGGAUCGAUCGAUUUUUUUUACCGGUACGCUAAGUGAACGGGAGAUACGUGUCGAGGGUUGAAACGGUUAGUCGAAGAUUUCAAUUGUAACCCGCUGAGCGCAAUACACAACCCCUGCCUACGAACGAUCGCGUUAUGGUUGGUUUUUAUGAUUCUUACUCUUUGUUGAUUUUGGGUUCGUUUAGCAACCCCAGGUGUUCAACGGAACGUCGACGUUUAGACACAUACGAUAUACAGGGGUAUUUAAUAUAACUACGAUACGAUAACGUUAGCGCAGCGACGAGCGGCGUUCUGCUCAAAUAUCCGCUCCUUUUACGAUGUCUAACGAGGAACGCGACACACCAUAGGUACCGAUUUGUAAUCUGUACAAAUUGUAAUAAAUUACCAAUACGAAGUACGAUUCGAAC